AUGACUGACCCUCCCCGGGGGUGGGGCACAAAACCCGAGGACCUCGAGUACGAGGAUGACUGGGAAGCAGAUGAUAGUGUAGGCCAAUGGCUGGGUGCAGAGUUGAACCUUGGAAUAGGCCGUCCAAUUAUGUUUCAUUAUAGAGGCCUUACUUACAUGUUUGAGGCCGGCGGAAAGUUCUACUCCUGGUAUUGCAUUGACCUCGCUGUCUCUGAAAUUACCUCUCCGACAAACCUGGAUGAAAUUAUCAGGAUUAUGAAGGAAAAGGGAGAGGAGGCCUUAAAAGACCAAAAAGAUUUUUAG